GCACAAGACUUCAAACGACAACAGAAGAAACUCCCACACCAUUCUACAACCUUCUUCUCCCUCUCUUGCCUCUUCUCCAAGCAUCGAAAAAAAAAAGCUCUCUCUAUCAAACUUAAACCAACUGCACAGUUCAUACACAGUCUCACAAACUCGCAAGAAUCAAAAAUAAUGGCGUCACGAAGACUAACAAAAUCCGCAGUUACAGCCAUACUAAAAUCAAAAGUUAGAGCUUCAUCACUAUCAUCUCUCUCACGAGCUCGCGCAAUCUCUUCUUAUUCCUCUUCAGCUUAUUCUCUGUUUGGCAAUUCUACGAAUUCUCAAGUUUCAGCCAACGACAAUGUCGUUUCGGCUGAUAUUUCAUCAGUCAGGUUCGCUCGCUCCUUCCACUCUUCCUCUCCACGCUUCUCCGCUACUGCUACCUCUUCUUCACAGCCUAAUCCGUCAGAGUUCACUGAGAUGGCAUGGGAAGGAGUAGUUGGUGCUGUAGAUGCAGCGCGAGCUAAUAAACAACAAAUGGUGGAGACUGAGCAUUUAAUGAAAGCUCUGUUAGAGCAAAAAGACGGAUUAGCUAGGCGAAUUUUCACUAAAGCUGGACUUGAUAACACAACAGUCUUGCAGGCCACUGAUAAUUUUAUUUCCCAGCAACCGAAGGUGAUGGACACUAGUAACCCUAUAUUGGGUUCAUAUCUUGGUGUCUUGUUAGACAAUGCUCGUAAGCAUAAAAAAGAAAUGGGGGAUGAUUUUGUGUCUGUAGAGCAUUUAGUUCUAGCUUUCCCUUUGGAUAAGAGAUUUGGACAGCAGUUGUUUAAGAACCUUCAGCUCAGUGAGAAAGAUUUGAAGGACGCCACUCAAGCUGUCCGUGGAAGCCAGAGAGUGAUUGAUCAAAAUCCUGAAGGAAAGUAUGAAGCGUUGGACAAGUACGGGAAUGACUUAACAGAGCUUGCUAGGCGUGGAAAACUUGAUCCUGUCAUUGGCAGAGAUGAUGAAAUUCGACGGUGUAUACAAAUAUUAUCUAGAAGAACUAAAAAUAAUCCUGUUAUUAUUGGUGAACCUGGUGUUGGAAAAACUGCAAUUGCUGAGGGACUUGCCCAAAGGAUUGUCCGUGGUGACGUGCCAGAACCAUUGUUGAAUCGGAAGCUGAUCUCUUUAGACAUGGGUUCAUUGGUUGCUGGAGCCAAGUAUCGUGGAGAUUUUGAGGAAAGGCUAAAAGCUGUGCUGAAGGAAGUUACCGCUUCUAAUGGGCAAAUCAUAUUAUUUAUCGAUGAGAUUCAUACAGUUGUUGGUGCAGGGGCAACAAGUGGAGCAAUGGAUGCUGGGAACUUAUUGAAACCGAUGCUUGGCCGAGGUGAGCUCCGAUGUAUAGGAGCAACCACAUUGAAUGAGUACAGAAAAUACAUUGAGAAGGAUCCGGCUCUUGAGCGCAGGUUUCAACAAGUUUUUUGUGAUCAACCUUCUGUUGAAGAUACAAUAUCCAUUCUUCGUGGUUUGCGUGAACGCUAUGAGCUACAUCACGGUGUUAAAAUAUCAGAUAGCGCCCUCGUUUCUGCAGCAAUUCUUGCAGACAGAUAUAUCACAGAGCGUUUUUUGCCUGAUAAAGCCAUUGAUCUAGUUGAUGAAGCUGCUGCAAAGCUAAAAAUGGAGAUUACUUCUAAGCCUACGGAAUUGGACGAGAUAGAUAGAGCUAUUCUAAAGUUAGAAAUGGAGAAGUUAUCUCUGAAAAAUGACACUGAUAAAGCAUCCAAAGAGAGGUUAAGCAAGCUCGAAAGCGAUUUGACUGAACUUAAACAAAAACAGAAGGAACUAAAUGAACAUUGGGAUCGUGAGAAGGCUCUCAUGACCCGGAUACGGUCAAUUAAAGAAGAGAUUGAUAGAGUGAACUUAGAGAUGGAAGCAGCAGAGCGUGAUUAUAACUUGAAUCGUGCUGCUGAGCUCAAGUAUGGAACUCUAAUAUCCCUUCAACGCCAGUUAGAAGAGGCCGACAAGAACCUUGCAGACUUUCAGAAGUCUGGAAAAUCUUUGCUUAGAGAAGAGGUCACUGAUUUUGAUAUCGCUGAAAUUGUAAGCAAAUGGACUGGUAUACCUGUGUCAAACCUCCAGCAGUCAGAGCGUGAAAAGCUAGUCUUCCUAGAAGAUGUUCUUCACAAAAGAGUAGUUGGUCAAGAUAUGGCAGUAAAAUCAGUGGCUGAUGCAAUCCGACGUUCCAGGGCAGGAUUGUCAGACCCAAAUCGACCAAUAGCUAGCUUCAUGUUCAUGGGUCCUACUGGCGUUGGCAAAACUGAGCUUGCAAAGGCUCUAGCUAAAUACCUCUUUAAUACAGAAAAUGCUAUGGUCAGGAUAGAUAUGAGCGAGUAUAUGGAAAAGCAUGCUGUUUCACGCUUGGUUGGGGCCCCUCCAGGUUAUGUUGGAUAUGAAGAAGGAGGUCAGCUAACUGAAGUGGUUCGUCGAAGACCAUAUUCUGUAGUUCUGUUUGAUGAAAUUGAAAAAGCCCAUCAUGAUGUCUUCAACAUUCUGCUGCAGUUAUUAGAUGAUGGGAGGAUAACUGAUUCUCAAGGGAGGACUGUUAGUUUUAUCAACUGCGUUGUGAUUAUGACUUCAAAUAUUGGUUCCCAUCUAAUACUUGAAACUCUCAGUAAUACACUAGAUAGCAAAGAAGCUGUCUAUGAUAUAAUGAAGCGGCAAGUUGUAGAGCUGGCUAGACAAACUUUCCGCCCAGAAUUCAUGAACCGGAUUGACGAAUACAUUGUUUUCCAACCUUUGGACUCGAAAGAAAUUAGCAAAAUUGUGGUGCUACAGAUGAACCGAGUGAAAGAGAGGUUAAAACAAAAGAAAAUCGAUCUUCAAUACACGAAAGAAGCUAUUGAUUUGUUAUCAACAUUGGGUUUCGACCCAAAUUUUGGAGCAAGGCCGGUUAAGCGGGUGAUACAGCAGUUGGUUGAAAAUGAAAUUGCAAUGGGAUUCUUGAAGGGAGAUAUCAAGGAAGAAGAUUCAGUUAUUAUUGAUGCUGAUGUAUCAUCAGACCUUCCUCUUCAAAACCGGUUACGAGUCAGGAAAAUAGCUGACAGCUCCCCUAUGGAAGCCAUGGUUGGUAAUGACUAGUAGUUUUCAUCUUCUUCAUGGAGUUGUAAGAAGAAAGAGUCAUUGCGGUCUCGGAGUUUAUACACCAGGAUCAAUAAACUCGCACUUAAUAAUAUUAAUCAAUUGGAGAUAAUAUAUUUUAGUUUUAGGUCAACUAACCUCCAAAUUAGAUCUUCCCUUCCUGUGAAGUUCGUUCAUUUUGUACAAUUUAGAGGUUAAUUGAUAUAAAACUAGAAAGUAUUGUUCUUAUUAAAAUUGGUUAAGUGAGUUAAAUUAACUAAAUUAGGGACCGCAGUGACCUUUUGUUUGUUGUGACUUGUAAAUAUGUUUAGUAAAGAUGUUAUUUGGCUUAUGUAGCUGACGUUGUGCAGUAACAAUGAUAAGGCUGUGGUUUGUUCUAUAAAAUGUGGGGCAACUCCUUACACAGCCAAUUAGUUAGGUUAUCAAAGUUUGUGUACAAGUCUCGAGCUUUUUCCAUUGGUAAGCUUUAUGCAAGGCAACUUUUGCUUUUGCUUUUCCAUUUCACUUUGUGUACAUGGACGGAAUGGGCAAUAUCUAUCCUUGAAAUUCCCAUGUUUA